AUGGCCGACGUAACCGCCCCAGUCCCCGACGUUCCCUCCGCCGAGGUCCCGGACCUCGACGUCCCCGCUUCCAGCGACGAACACACCUACAAAUUCAACGUCAGCAUGUCCUGCGGCGGCUGCUCCGGCGCUGUCGAUCGCGUGCUCAAGAAGCUUGAUGGCGUCAAACACUACGAAGUCUCUCUCGCGGAGCAGACAGCGACAGUCGUCGCCGAGUCAUCGCUUCCUUACGAAAAGGUGCUGCGGACGAUUGCCAAGACGGGCAAGAAGGUGAAUACGGGGGAGGUAGAUGGGGUUGCGCAGAGUGUGGAGGUUCCGGCUGAGUAG